AUCGAGAUUAGGGAGCUUGCCCUUUCUUUUAUUUUAAUUUAAUUUUCUCAUUUUUCAGGCUCUUCUAAAACACUACUAUAUAAAGCUUGGGUCGACGGUCUUUGAGUUGUAUCACACCAAAGAUAUUCAUAGAUGAUGGCUAUCAAGAGCCACCAUUGCUGCUUCAGCUUUAUCUUUCUGUUAUUACCAUUACUCCUACAGCUUCAUUCUGUCAAAGGUGAUCUCCAGUUGAACUACUAUGCUCAAAGUUGCCCCAAUGCUGAAGAGAUCAUCAAACAACAAGUCAUCAAGCUCUACAACAAACAUGGAAACACAGCUGUUUCUUGGGUUCGAAAUCUCUUCCAUGACUGCAUGGUUAAGUCAUGCGAUGCAUCGUUGUUGUUAGAGACGGUGAAUGGAAUUGAAUCGGAACAAAAAUCAGAUAGGAGUUUUGGGAUGAGAAAUUUCAAGUACGUUAAGACAAUUAAAGAUGCUCUGGAGCAAGAAUGUCCAAGGACAGUUUCCUGCGCUGAUAUCGUCUCUCUUUCUGCUAGAGAUGGCAUUGUCUUGCUUGGAGGACCACGCAUUGAGAUGAAAACCGGUCGGAAAGAUAGCAAGAGAAGUUACCUUUCAGAGGUAGAAAAUACCAUCCCCAACCACAAUGAUUCAAUGGAGUUGGUGCUUUCACGCUUUCAAUCCAUUGGCAUCGACACCCAAGGAAUAGUAGCUUUAUUAGGAGCUCACUCCGUAGGUCGAGUUCAUUGUGUAAACUUAGUACACAGACUCUACCCCACAGUUGAUCCGACAUUGGACCCUGACUAUGCCGAGUACCUUAAAGGGAGGUGUCCGACACCCGACCCUGAUCCGGAAGCGGUGUUGUACUCGAGAAACGACCGGGAAACGCCGAUGAUUCUUGACAAUAUGUACUACAAGAACUUGUUGAAGCACAAGGGGUUGCUGGUGAUCGACCAGCAACUGACCUCUGAUCCCACUACUUCCCCUUUUGUGGAGAAAAUGGCUGCUGAUAAUGGAUAUUUCCAUGACCAGUUUGCCAGAGCUGUGCUGUUGUUGUCAGAGAAUAAUCCACUUACGGGAGAUGAAGGAGAGGUUCGAAAGGAUUGUCGUUAUGUCAACAGUGAAUAAAAUUACAAUGUUAAAAGAAACUGGGGAAUGCAACUUUUCCUUAUUAUGCUUGCAACUCGCAAGUUAAUUAUAUUCGUGUUGCAAUAAAAUUUGUCCCAUAAUUAUGAACUCCAAAAGAAUGAAGAAUUAAACUA